ACGCUAGUUCUCAUAGGCUAAACAAAGAAAACAACACAAACAUAAAAACAAAAAAAAUAAAUUGUUUCUGUCUCUACUACUUUCUCUCUCUUGAUCAUUUACUAGCAUAAUCAUAACUUCAUUAGUCAUAUAAGUCAUAACCAUUAAGCAGAGGAGCUAAAGAAACAGUUUUUAGCAGUAAAUACUGCAGAAAAAAAAAGGGUUUAGCAGCUUAGAGAAACAAAGAGAGGUGGAAAGAGGAGAAACAGAUUUUGCCGUUUUUCGUCCCCGUCCCCAUACCUGUCCCCGUUUUUGUCCCAGUACCCGUUUCCGUGCUACCUAGAGAGAGAAGGCGGGUUGGUGGUUUCUGCUUGUUAUUCAGUGGCUUUUUAGCAGUAAAUACUGCAGAAAAACAGAUUUUAGAGAAACAAGCCGUUUUCCGUCCCCAAACCCGUCCCCGUUUUUGUCCCAGUACCCGUUUCCGGGCUACCUAGAGAGAAGGUGGGUUGAGUUGGUGGUUUCUGCUUGUUAUUCAGUGGCUUUUUUUUUGUGUUCACAUGUAAAAUUCCUUACCAAAGUGUUUUGUUCUCAGCCACAAGUCUGUAAGGUAAUAGAUAUUGUAAUGACUGUGAUCAGGUCGAAUUAGGUUCUCUUUUCACCCUAUUUUUCUGUUUCUUUUGAGUUUUUUUUUUUUUAGUAUAAGGAGAAAAAUAAAGAUAAUUGAGGACUCAAAGAAAGAAGAAAUGGAUUCAGAGCAGCAGCAAUUCCAACAUCAUUUCCAAGACUUCCCAAGACAGUUUCACCAGAAACAGCAAACCAACACUCUCACUCGGUUCCGGUCGGCACCGAGCUCGUAUUUCUCGAGUUUUCUCGAUGCUGCUGCCGAUAUCAUCCCUACUACUACUGGUGGUGCUAGCAGCGGUGGAGGUGGUGGUGGUGGUGGUGGUGGAGAGAGGAGGGAUUUUCCAACUGCUAGGCCACUAAGUCCAGAAACAGAAAACAUCUUUGCCAGUUUCCUGAACAACAUCAGUGAAGAAACUAACAACUCCUCAUCAUCAAGAAAGCUAAGCAACAUACCAGAAAACUUGGCAGUGCAACCACCACAGUUUGCAGUGAGGGUUAAGGAAGAAACAGAUAUUCAACACCAACAGUUGCAGCAACAACAACACCAGCAACAACAACGCCAUCAACCACAACAGUUGCAGCAACAACAACACCAGCAACAGGGUAAUUACAGUACUCAAUCUCAGAUGAUAUAUCAUAGCCAAUCAAAACCACCAUUGUCAAAUCAGCACAAUACAGCAACAGUGAGUUCAGCAAUGCAAAACUCAUUUAGAACAACAGCAGCUAGUUCAAUGGGGAUAGAUUCUAUACCCCAUAUGAAGACUGGAAAUGGUGGGGGAAUCAACAAUAAUUCUUCUGGUCUCACUAGGCAUAGCAGUUCCCCAGCUGGGUUUUUUGCCAACCUAAACAUAGAUACUGGUUAUGGCAUGAUGGGAGGGAUGGGAAACUAUGGAGGUGGUAAUAUUCAAGUAAAUUAUUCAUCGGGACAACCUUCUUCUACUUCAGAAGUUGUGAAUCAGAACACAGAUAUUGGGGCAAAAAGAUUAAGGAUGAAUAGCCUAAAUGAAAGGAAAUUCAGCAAUUCUGGCGGCAAUAACGCCAACGACGACAACAACUAUGACUUCCCCAUGACUUCAUGGGAUGACUCAAUUAUGUCGGAAAAUUUCUCAAGCUUAGAUGGAGUUGCGGAUGAGGAUAUAAAGGUAUUCGCUGAGCUAAAUGCAUCCGAAAAUCAGAAUGGAGAUGUUAAAAACAGACCUCCACUUUUGAGUCAUCAUCUGAGUCUACCAAAGACAUUACCAGAGAUGUCAAAUAUGGAAAAAUUCCUGCAAUUCCAGGACUCUGUACCUCUCAGAAUAAGGGCUAAGAGAGGAUGUGCCACUCACCCAAGAAGCAUUGCUGAGAGGGUAAGAAGAACAAGGAUUAGUGAAAGGAUGAGGAAGCUUCAAGAUCUAGUUCCCAACAUGGAUAAGCAAACAAACACAGCAGAUAUGCUAGAUUUGGCGGUUGAUUAUAUCAAAGACCUUCAGAAGAAUGUUGAGAACCUCAACGAUAAUCGAGCAAAGUGUACCUGCUCAAGAUAGUUGAUGCCAGCCAACAGAAUGCAAAGACUGCUCCAACAGUGAAUUCAUGGUGGGCUGAUUCUCCUUUUUUUAUCACUGAAAUAGAUGAUCACAAUCACAAAUUUAAAAGAGAGAAAAUAUAGACAAUAGAGUACUCUUUACAUGAUCAGUGUAUGGAAGAAAGUAAAAAAAAAAAUACAGUACCAGUAUUGUCUUCUCCCAUGUAAGAUCUAGAUCCAUUUGAUUUGAUGCUAGUAAAAAAAAGCAAUUGUAUAGUAUAGACAGCAAUCCACGUGUACACAUAUCAUCAUGUGUAGAAAAUUGAGCAUGGAGUGGCGGGAAGUGAUUAUUAUUUUACUAUUCCGAGAAUGUGGGGAGAGAACGAGAGAUUCCUCACUAAUGGUUAGCCGACUUUGUCUUGUAGUGCCAUCUGUCAUAAUGAAAUAGAAAUCAGUUAGCUAUGCAUU